CACCCCCUCGACUUUCUCUCGCCUUUUCCCAGUCCGAGUUUGACGUCUGUCGCCUGGAUACCAGACAGCCAAUAGCCUGGUUGCUAGGGAGAAGCGUGGCCAAUCAGGAGUCGUUGCUAUCUGAACAAGACCACUCAAGGUGAAGGAUAAUCUACUAAUACCAGCACUUUGAAUGAAAAUUUGUUUCUCUGCCACAAGCUGAACACCCUUUUUUUUUGGUGGGGGAGUUGAAACACCUAACUUUGUGGCAUAGCAGCUAUGCAGCUUGAAAUCCAAGUAGCACUAAAUUUUAUUAUUUCAUAUUUGUACAAUAAGCUUCCCAGGAGACGUGUCAACAUUUUUGGUGAAGAGCUUGAAAGACUUCUUAAGAAGAAAUAUGAAGGGCACUGGUAUCCUGAAAAGCCAUACAAAGGAUCAGGGUUUAGAUGUAUACAUAUAGGGGAGAAAGUGGACCCAGUAAUUGAACAAGCAUCCAAAGAGAGUGGCUUGGACAUUGAUGAUGUUCGCGGCAACCUGCCACAGGAUCUUAGUGUUUGGAUCGACCCAUUUGAAGUUUCCUACCAAAUUGGUGAAAAGGGACCAGUGAAGGUGCUUUAUGUGGAUGAUAAUAAUGAAAAUGGAUGUGAGUUGGAUAAGGAGAUCAAAAACAGCUUUAACCCAGAGGCCCAGGUUUUUAUGCCCAUCAGUGAUCCAGCCUCCUCAGUGUCCAGCUCACCAUCACCUCCCUUUGGUCACUCAGCUGCUGUAAGCCCUACCUUCAUGCCCCGGUCCACUCAGCCUUUAACCUUUACCACUGCCACUUUUGCUGCCACCAAGUUCGGCUCCACCAAAAUGAAGAAUAGUGGCCGUAGCAACAAGGUUGCACGUACUUCUCCUAUCAACCUCGGCUUGAAUGUGAAUGACCUCUUGAAGCAGAAAGCCAUUUCUUCCUCAAUGCACUCUCUGUAUGGGCUUGGCCUGGGCAACCAGCAGCAGCCACAGCAGCAGCAGCCAUCUCAGCCGAAAUAUGGUGAUGAUUUCUAA